AUGAAGUUAUUUUCUCUCACUCUCUCAUGCUCUUAUGGCUCCUUUGCUCGUGAUGGCUGUGCCCUAGCCCAAGGUGGGAGAAUCUCCAAUAAUAGGAUGCAUCUCAAUAUAUAUUCAUCUUUUAUCAUUUAAGAGCCCAAAAAAUACAUCUUCACUCAAAAGGAUGUGACCUAGGUUGAAAUUUUUCUCUCAACAAUUCAAACUCAAAAGUUAACAAAUGCAAGCAGUUGAAAGUUUCUUUUGAAACUUCUUACCUAUCUUUUCUGACCUUCAACAAGCAAUCAUUCUUUCAUGUGGGAAGAAUAUUACUCACAUGCCUUUUAGUUCAUGUGGGAAGAAUAUUACUCAUAGGCAGCACACAUGAGAACAAAGGCAUAGCACAACAUAACAUACAAGUAUGAUACCAGAUAAGUAGAUAACAUCAAUGUUCUCCUAUCAAAGACAUUACUAGAAUUCAUUGCUCAAAGAUGAAAUGUAAAAUGAAUUUGGAACCUUACAUUUUUCAGAACUUUUGUGUCUUAAAUGCAUAUUACGAAGUCAUACAAUUCAGACUCUAUUCCUCACUGAAAUCAAACAAGGCUGCAUCCAACAUGAAAAAGAAUGCAGAUGUGAGAAGUACAUACAAACAUUUAGUUGAAACAAAUAAGCUGGUCAUCAGGUCAAAUGAAGAGAAAUAAUCGCAGAACUCUGAUUUAAUACAGACAUAAAUAAAGCAAAAAGAAAAAUCAUCAAAUAGGUACCUUUCAUGUCACCAUUCUAGAGAGUUUGUUAUUCCAAGGACCCUAAUAUGAUAAGAAAUUCAUCUAGGGUAAAAAAUCAUAAAUUGUCUGCUUCAAUGGUUACUAAUCUAAAUCACAGACUAGCUGAUGUACUAGUGAUGUGUUAUCUCUGAAUAUGGCAUAAAAAAAGAAUGAAUCUAGCAUUAAUAAUGACGAUUUGAAAAAAUAAUAAUAAUAAUAAAUUUUACCUUUUUACUAUAGGACGUGCCCAUGUAAUCGAUUCCAUUCAGCCAAUGGCUAUGUAGACCAAAAAGAACCAUUUCAGCCCUUGAGAAAAAGUGGUGCCCAACAUCAAUACCUGUCCAUAGUACAUAAUACAGAAUGUAACCAUAUAUAGAAAAAUAUUAAUGCAGGUUAUUUCAAUAGAGGUAUUCUGGAAACAGAUGGAUUGUCUCUCCCAUACAGGUAUUAGUGGAACAUGAGAGCAUAGUGGAAGUUGGUAGUAGACUAGCACUGGCCAGUUGUAGCCAGCAAUUAUCAGUGGUGAUUCCAAGAGAUUUUUUUUCCCUUCAUCUGCUUUUCAGUUCAUUCUUACUUUGCCUAUCCAAGUAGGAUUCAAUCAGCUCUUCCAUAAAAUUGGCCAAUCUAUAUAGUUUGGAAACGGCUUAAAAUACUUUCCCUCCACAAAAUAUAUUAACAAAUCUUGUGUACCUUGUCCACUUAUAGUCCAGUUCCCAUUAUGAUCUUAACAGCAAAAGAAGAUAAGCGGUGACAAUUGUCAUUAGCCAGUGGCAUGUGGCAAUAUGGGAGCAGUGUACAGCACCAUAGGAAAGAUGUUUUCUGUUCUCCUUUCUUCUACCGUCUCUAUUAACUAUAGCCCAGUUCCUCUUCAUCAAUUAUUUUAAAUGCAUUCCAUUUCCUCCUCUUUAUCUUCCAUUGAACAUAGCCCACAAAAUGUUUGGACGUUCUUUCUUUUAUUCAACGUUUCUGAAUAUCUUUGAAAAAUGAGAGGCUAUUUGUUUAAGUUUCAACGCUUUUAUUUGUAUUAUCCCUCUUACUAAAUAAUUGUAUCAUUUUCAAUUCAUUGAGUUCAAGAUGACCAGAACCAUUUUAAAUUUGGAUCAUCAUCUUAGACACACUCGAUAAUAAUUCUAUCAUUUUUACAAAGCACUAGCUUCCAUUAAGCCUUCUUAAGUGAUACCUCAAAAACAUGCAUUUAAUGUGAGCAUUAAGAUUACCUUAAGCAUCAUUACUACUUUUUAGAAUUUAGAUUCCCCAUAUUUUUUGCAUUUUCGGCAUUAAUAAGACUUUUGAAGAAGUUUUUUAAAUUUCCAUGAAAUGCCUAGCAAGCAUUGAAUGUGUUCUCAUUCUCUUACUAUUUUAUACAUUAUCUAUAUAAUUUUAAACCGAAUAUUCAUUAUUUUUCGUCUUUUAUAUAAACUUUAUCAUGUUAGGAUUAAUUUUAGAAAAAGAUAUUUAUUCUGAAAAUUUCAAAUUAUUUGUAUUAUUUCCACUACUCAUAAUACUUUGAACUGUCAAGAACACUUCAAAAGAAAUAAAUAAAUAGUUUAAUUUUACUUCAAAGAAGAAAUAAACGAAGAUGACACCUAACCUUGAGGUGGAUUUCAGUUAGUUGAAGAACACAGUCCCACUCCUCUUCCUCUUCUCUCUCUCUCUCUCUCUCUCUCUCUCUCUCUCUCUCUCUCUCUCUCCCCUCCCCACCUUCUUCUUCUUAUUAUUCUUUCAUAUACUGUCCCUUUAUUAAAUAAUCAAACUAAGGUCAUUUCAAAACUAGUUGAUCUACGUUCCGAAACGCACAUCUGAACACUGUGUGCUCCUAAUCUUCUUCAUCUCCAGUCGGUAAUAUCCAUGCUGGAGCAACUUGAGCUUUUCUGAGAGUACGUGGAAAGGCUGAAAACCAUAGCCGGUGAGACUAAAGCCUUAGCAAUUGUCUCAGAGAGUCUAAACGUCCUUUGCGUAGGUGCCGACGACAUAUGCAACACAUACUUCACCACUCCUUAUAGGUGAACCCUCUACGACGUCCCCUCCUACGUGAGCCUUCUCGUCUCCUUGGCCGUGGCCUUCAUUCGGGUGAAAAAACACAUCAUAAUGAAUCCCUUCCAUGAACAUGGUAAAUUGCAACAAGCUGGGCCAUUAAUGAAGUAUAGGGAUUAGUGCAUGUGCCAUUAAUAUGGUGUCCUUUGCCUGUGGUCAAUGCGAGUCCGUCGGUCAAGGUCCAUGAAGUAUGUGACUGAUACUCUAUCUCAUCAUUAAAUAGAAGUGAUGUUUACUCUCUAUUCAUGAUUUCCAAAUCCAAAGAGGUAGAGGGAGAGAGAGAGAGAGAGGAUGGAACUCAAGAAUGGAAGACUGUGUUGACGCGGGUGGAGAGUUAAUUAGGCAAUAUUUUCAAUUUAUGUUCAAUGUUCACGAUUGGGAUUGAACAAGGCUGGGGAAGUGAAAUACAGUAUGUACGGAAAGACAGUACGAAAUUCAUUGAGAAGGGAGAGUAAGAAUAGCAAAGAGAAUGGAUAGAGACAGAUAGGAGAGUUAUAAAGGUAAACGGAGAGAGAGAGGAAGAAAUGUAGACAUAGAGAGGGGUGGAUAGAGUGGUGGAGAGAGUGCGAGAGAGAGGUUGAGAAUAGACAAGAAAAGAGGGAAAAGAAUGGUCAACCAAAGGGGGAAAAUGCUGAAUGAACUGACAUGGAACUUUCAAAUAAGCGUUGCAGUGGCCAUCCACCUGACAACUAGCUAUGAAUUCACUGUGCCCUGUAGAUAUAUAGCUUGGAAGGCAUAUCUUCUACUUUUUCCUCAUAUUUCUCUCUCCCUCCCUCCCUCUCUUUUUCUAUGGUUUCCCUCAGGAAUUAGCUAAUCUAGGUGCAAGACGAAUUGCUUUUGUGGGCCUUCCUCUAAUAGGAUGCUAGCCAGUCCAAAGGACUCUCUGCGGAGGUGUGAAUAGAAAUUGUGAUCCAUCACUCAACCAUGCAGCCUCAUUAUUCAACUCCAAGAUGAGCAAGGAGCUUCAGAGGAUCUCAAACCAGCACCACGGAAGAAGGAUAGCCAUCUUCGGCAUCUAUUCCAUGGUACUUGAUAUGAUUCAAGAUCCAUCGUAUUAUGGUAAUCUGCAUCUCUUUCCUCUCUUUGUAUCUCUAUCCAUUCUCCCUCUGUCCUUUUAUAUCUCUCUCUUCCAACAAUACCUCUAUAUUUGCGUGUUUCAAAGUAUGUUUCUAGUUAGUUCUCUAUUUUACUGUGUAUCCAUUCACUUGCAUGUUUUUAUCUUUCUAUCAUUUACUCAUCAGCAGACAAGUCAUUUGUCAAUAAGACAAGACUCUAAUGUCCGUAUAAAAUAUGGCGUAGGUUUUGAUGUGGCAACCAAGGGCUGCUGCGGGACUGGAGCAUUGGAAGUGUCUGUGCUGUGUACUAACGCGACAUCAGUAACAUGCGAGGAUGACGACAGAUACGUGUUUUGGGACAGCUUCCACCCAACGGAGAGGACUUAUGACAUCAUCACGGCUGCAAUUGUUGAAAAAAUGUUUUAG